AUGGCCACCCCCAGUGUUCUCACCUUUGACGCUGAGGGUCGGCCUGUUGACUUUGAGGUCUGCGUAGAUGACCUGCAGCUUUUCCUCCAGUGCGAUAGGGCAGACGGUCUCUCCCUCUUUGACCUCACUUCUGGUGCCUCUCCUGCCCCUGCUGCUAAUGCUGACCCCACUGUUCGCUCACAGUGGGCCACCCGCGAUGCUGCUGCCCGCCUUGCUGUGCGGCGCCACUUGCCUACUGCUGAGCGCGCGCAUUUUAGUCAGUACAAGAGUGCUAAGACCUUGGUACACUUCCUCUCUGUCUGCCCCACCACUCUCACCGUUGACCUCCUCGAGGAGCGCCUCCUAGAAGCAGAGAAGGACCUCGUUGGUCUUGAGUCAGUCAGCGCGGCGUCAACCCCUAGCGGGAGACGCCGCUCAGGCAAGGGCAAGGGGGGCAAGGGCGCUGGAGGAGGUGGCAGGGGCAGUGGAGGAGGCGAUGGAGGCAGGGAAGAGGGGGUGGUAGUGGCGGUGGGAGUGGUGGCGGGGGUGGGGGCGCUAGUGGCGGCAGUGGAGGCAGAGGAGGUGGCGGUGGUGGCGGUGCGAGCGGGGGUAGCGGAAGUGGAGGCGGUGGUGGAGGUAGCGGCGGCAGAGGUGGAGCUGUGA